CGGUACCAGAUCUUGUUGUUGACGUGCAGGCACUACAGGAGAGCGUGAACAUCGAUGUGGCSUGGCUUAGGCAUUUGCGUUGUGCUUACGAAGAGAAAUGCUUGGCUGAAAGUGCAGCUUCAGCUUGGUCAUCCGGAGCAGACCAUCAYGCACGGAGGUUGCUUCGUUUCACUACUCGGAUUGAAAACAGAGGUUUAGCUCCAUUUAGAUCGAAUGUUCCCCAGUCGGCUUGGGAGUGGCAUAGUUGCCAUAAUCAUUACCACUCCAUGGAGACCUUCAGCACGUACAAAUUGUUAAGUCGAACCAGCCGUGAACAAGCGGCAGGUCACAAAGCAAGUUUUUGUUUGGAAGACACUGUCUGUGACAAAGGUUUACACAAGAGCUUCAAUUGCACCAACCGUGGCCCUCAGGGGAUAUCGCCAAACUGCUACGACAUUUAUAAAUGGAAUAUAGAUUGCCAAUGGAUUGACGUCACGGAUGUUCCGCAUGGGAACUUUAUUUUACGUGUGACAGUCAAUCCAGAAAGAAAGGUGCCCGAGUCUGAUUAUACAAAUAAUAUUGCCAAAUGCUGGGUAUAUGAUUACGGCAAUGUAGCAUACACUACAGAUUGUCAUUUAG